UCAUCACAUUUGCAGUGGUCUUCCCCGAAGAGCGCAGGUCUUCCUCUAUAGCAGCCAGCAGCCAUGACCCUUGCAGCUCUUUUAUGUGUCUAUUGGAUUUGUGUUUUGCUCUUUAGUGAGAGUGUUGCGUCACCCGUGAAGAGCAAAGGUUAUCAAUAUCGAAGUACUCCUAUCGCACGUAACCUUGAGGAUGACGAAAAUCCUUUGUUGGAUGAGGAGGACUUGGAAUAUGACACAAGUGAUGACCAAAGUUCAGAGCAGCUGCAAUGGGGAGAAUCUUCCCGGAAUCAACCCCAUGUGUUUGGAGUUCCUGGUGGUGAUAAUGAUGACGUGUUUCAACAAAAAAUGACAAUACUGUAUCCCUCUCCUGUGCAGCAGCCGAGCAACCCUCAAAGUGUUGAUAAGCUUCCUUCCUCUCAUCAGCAUCCGAGCAGCGCUCCUAAAAACCCAAAUACAGGUGACAACCAACUGAUUUUUGAGGAAGUAUUUCAGAUCCCUCCUGAUGUCUUGUCGCGGCAACACCCAGCAGUCCAAAGACACCAGAAACAUGUUUAUCCAGCUAGAACGGGGUGGCAUUAUGGCUUCCUGAGGGACAACCGCCAAGUUCCCUCUUGGUUUGAGCUGCAACUAGCAGCCCAGGAAGCCCGGAAAUCUCGCCUUCCACCUUUAAGCAUCACCCAGUCAAGAAGUCACUACAGGAACGGCAGGUACAUGUUCAGCAGGGAUAGAUACAGUCAAAAUGUUGACCAUCCGUUGAUGUAUCGCUGAAAUCACGUCAAGGACAAGUGUGUGUAUACAUAAUUGUUGUAUUGUAUUUAACAAAAUAAAUUCUCAUUUUGUAUCACUGCA